AUGCCAAAUACUACUUCGCCACGAUCAUCGAUUUCAGAAGGAGAUAUAGCCAGUUCUGUAGAGAUUGAAGAAGAUACCUUUGAUGCGAAUCUCACAGAUGGAGGCAGUACCAUUCGUCUUCACAACAAUGUCGAUAAUAAAUCUUCUACAACUUUACAAGAAGAGAACAACAUUGCCUCAAUAAAAGGCAAGAACAAAACUACUAAAAUGGUGUUAUUAACAACCUUUGUGGCUGGCGUGGAAUUAGCUUAUGGAACACCAUACCUGUUAUCACUAGGACUUUCAAAAUCAUCAACUUCUUUGGUUUGGAUAGCCGGGCCGCUAUCAGGUAUGCUCUCGGAUACUUGUACUUCGAUAUACGGUCGUCGGCGGCCAUUUUUAUUGGGCGGCAGUAUUGCUGUGAUUUGCUCGUUUAUGUUUAUCGGGUGGACUAGAGAAAUUGUGUUUGCUAUUUUUGGGAAAAGUGAUUUCAGUAUUAAAUUGACCAUAUGGGUAGCUGUCAUUUCUAUAUACGUAUUAGAUUUUGCUAUUAAUACAGUUCAAGCUUGCAUCCGUGCAUUAAUUGUGGACAGUUUGCCACCGUCACAACAAGAAGAAGGCACAGCGUGGGCCGGAAAAAUGGGCGGAAUCGGGAGUGUUGUCGGAUAUUUCAUGGGUUUCGUCGAUUUGAUAGCAAUAUUUCCAUUCUUUGGUGAUACGGAGUUAAAAGUAUUGUGUGUUCUCGCUUCGUUAACUCUUAUUGCAUGUAAUGUAAUUACUUGGUACUCGGUUAAAGAGAUGGUUUACUGCAGUAAGAAGAGCCAACACGUGAAAAAUGUCUUUGCUUCGACCUUUGAGACACUCGCAUCUAUAAUAAAAUCUAUCCGGUACCUUCCAGCCCCAGCACAACAGAUAUGCAACGUGCUAUUUUUUGCGUCAAUUGGCUGGUUUCCAUUCUUAUUUUAUUCGACAACUUGGGUUUCCGAGUUGUAUAAAAAAACAUCGGCAGCGGGUAAUUCACCGCCACUCGAAAAUAGUCAAGAUCCGGUGGGAGAUGCUACACGCGCUGGGUCUUAUGCACUUUUGGUGCACUCGAUUGUGAGUUUAAUGUCAUCGUUUACUUUGCCGUUUCUGGUGAGCCCAUCUGGUUCUGCGACAAUGUACAAUGCAUCGAAGUUUUCGUGGAAGAGUUACUUUAGAUUGCCGUUUCCUUUUCUCUCAUUGCCGAAACUAUGGACCAUAUCGCAUUUCAUAAUGGCAUUGGCUAUGUUAUCGACGUGGUUUGUGGUUACGGUAUCUCAAGCGACUUUUUUAUACGGGAUUCUGGGGAUAGCGUGGGCUGUUUCUACGUGGGCGCCGUUCUCGAUCUUGGCUGAAUUUAUUUCCAGAGAAUCUCGAAAUGCGACUAGCAACACCACCAUCUCUCAUCACGACGAUGAUAGCAAUGCAACAGAAUCGGAUCAGGUAGCUUAUCGUCUAGUCGAAACUACAACUGCGAUUAAUACAGACGAUGGUGAUGAUGUCGAAUUGUUAAACCAGAGUUCUAGCAAAUUUUCGUCUUCACCACCAUCGUCUUCAGUUGACGCUGGAAUCCUGUUGGGUAUUCAAAACAUUUAUGUGGUAGUUCCACAAUUCUUAGUAACUUUUUUUAGUAGUAUAGUAUUUGCCAUAUUAGAACCACCAUCAGAAAUAUUAACUACCGGAGUGGAAAGUAGUAAUAAUAGUAAAAGAUUGCCAACUGCACCAGUCACACCAAUUACACCAACUUCAAAUGGUGACGCUAUUGGCUUCGUGCUAAGGUUUGGUGGUUUGAUGGCAAUUAUUGCGGGGAUUAUUUCUAUUAAAAUAUGGAAAUAA